UGUACAGAGAAAAAUCCUCAUUAGGCGCCACAAGGUGUCAAGUGAUCAUCAAAUCAGAGUCUUUGGCUACAGGAAAGGUGCCCUUCUUUCUCUUAGCAUUUCUUCUCCAAGCUCAAAGAUCAAACCGAGUGGAGGAGAAAAUAUGUGCAGCAAAAGCAGCCUUACCAGACUAAGAAAAAAAGCAGCAAAAGAAGAAGCAAGAGUACUAAUCCCAGCGCGAAAAACCAGAAGUAAGACAAGAAAGCCUAAGUAUCUCUCUCUUAAACUUGAACUAUCUCCCAAAACAAAAACCCCACAGAAAUCCAAGACCAAAAUGACCCACAGUAAACAACUGAAAACUCUAUUCCCUCUCCAUCCAGAAAAUCUCGUCCAACAAUACAAAGACAUGCAUGAGCAUGAUCAAGUUGCCUUUCUCUUGGAAACAGCCAGUACUGACGAUACCUCCACCACUCUCCAAGGCCUCCUUGACACCACCACCUCGGAGGAUGGCCCACUUAGCUGCUAUGUUGAGAUUGAUCAAGAGAGAUGUGAUGGGCGAGCCAGCUUGCUGGAAAGGACAGCAAUGAAGUGUAAAGAGAGAGACUUGAGUGAUGAGAGGUGGGUGAGUUACUGGGAGGUGGUGGAGAAGAAAGAGCAAGAAGAGGUGAGCAGCUCUUCUUGUAAUGGUGUUGCUGAUACGCCGGGGAAGAUGCUGCAGGCUCAAGAUGAUCACAAAAAUGGGUUGGUUGGCCUGAAGCUCGAUUAUCAAGAGAUAUUGAAUGCUUGGUCUGAUAAAGGCCCUCUUUACAUCGAAGGAGAGUCCCCACAAACUGUUCCUGAUAUCUGUGACGGUUCCAAUCAAUUAAUGGACGAGUGGGGGCAUGUAUGGAGGGUGCCAGACUUGUGUGGCUCGAAAACGAAGGAAGGGAAAGAGAUUUGGAAAUCGGGGCUAAGAGAGGCAAGUGUGUUAAGGUACAAGGAGAAGAGACAGAACAGGCUUUUUGCUAAGAGAAUUCGUUAUGAAGUUCGGAAGCUCAACGCAGAGAAACGUCCCAGAUUGAAGGGUCGAUUUGUCAAGAGAAGCUGGGAAAUGUAAUUUUUUUGGACAUCACUAGUUAUGAAGAGCAUCAUCAUCAUCUGUAGAGGGGUUUGAAGUUGGAAUUAGUCAUUUGUCUUCUUUUUUCUUAUAUUUUGUUUGUGAAACAAAAAUACUGGGCGCACCGCUCAUAUGCAUGAAAUUUAGGGAAGUAAAAUGAGUGCAGAAAUAAAGCAGAAAACAGAGAAAAAAAAAACAAAAAAAAAGGUUUUAAAAUGCUGUA